AAGACACAACAUUGCGCAGACCACAUCCGCUUCAACUGUGCAAUACCUUCCGUUUACGAGACGCUGCUCGCCGCCACGGCGGGCUGUGCUUUGCGUGGACCAAGAUGGCGACGUCUGCAUCAAUCUACAACCAGCAGCGUACGAACCGUCAGGUUCUCAAGCGGCACCGCAAGGAUCCUCCCAGUCUAGUGAUGCAUCUCAACAAUGGGCACUUUCGCUUCGAACGUCAGUCCGGUAUCUUUACUUUUGACAGCCCAGCGCGAGCAUUUCUAGAUUGCAUACGGCAGCAAAGGGUGCCCGUUGACCUCCUCGAUAUUCUCGUCCAGUCUAACGUCGCUUUCUACGAAGGGUGCCUCAUCAUCGAAGUGCAUGACCACAGACCUCCAAGUCUGGGCAGCAGCUCUAGCGACCCUCUCCCAUCUAGUACCUUACAGCGACUUUCUUUGGGAACGGCCUCUUCGUCAUUGCUAGACCGAUCACGGCACCCGCUGUAUGGGAACAGCUCUGCAAGACGCCGUGCACAGGCGGAAGCUCGAGGUUCGUCUAUCAGCACCGGCCCCGAAAUUUAUCGUGUCGUCUUGCAUGCAACCGGGGAGACCGUAUGGCAAGACAUCAAAGACCUCGAUGCCGAAUUGGGCCCUGGCGGCGUACCGGUAUGGACCGAUGAAGAAGCUCUACGCGUCGAGGCCAAGGUGCUGGCACUCACCUCUCCGCCAUUAUGCUUGACGCCGGAUCCUCAUGCAAGCAAAAUUGCAAACAUCAUGCUGGCAGCAACUGCUCCGUCAAUAGCAUAUAAUCCGCCAGCUCACUUGACUCCGCCCUUUUACCGUGAUCGAGAUUCUCGCGGCGUCAAACGUGGGUUGAUGAACAGCGUCGAAGCUGAGGAGCAGGCAUUCAAGCGCCGUCGUAGAGACUUAAUUAUGCGGCUCAUGGAGAAAGGGACGGCCGGACAAUCAGAGAUCACACGUCCUCUGCCUGGUGUCAUCAGCUCGGCUGGCAUCGCAGCAUCCGCAAUUGCGGCCCAGCGUGCAAAUGGCGAAGACGGCAAUGUGCCAGGAUUAACCGCAACUGCAAGCAGUAUCUUCGCACCCACUUUUUCUCGCCUUGGAUUCAUCGAGCACUUUAGAGAGGCGAAGGCUGCAAACGAUAAAGCUGGAGUACCCAGGCCCGGUGGUAUCGGUUUCGGAGGCGCAAAUGUCGGUAUUGCAGGAGGCGCCGGAGGCGCGGGGUCCGUCGUUGCUCCGAACAACAGCACAGCACGGUCUACAUCAACUGCAGCUGCUAAUGACAGCACCACCAGCGUUGCUGUUACCGCUGCUGAUGCCAGUAGCAAACCCGCUGCGAAAGGAAAGAAAACGACCAAGAAGAAAUCGUCGCAACCGCAACAGCAGCAAGACACUGACGCUUCCACAACAGCUGGCUCGCCGCUAGCGGAAGAGCCUGCAUCUGCAGCGAAGCCAAAGAAGAUGAGCAAGAAAGCCAAGGCAGCAGAAGAGAAGGCUGCUAAAGUUGCUGCCGAGAACGCUGCCGCAGAGAAAGCCGAGAAAGAGCGAAAGGAAGCAGAGCAGGCGAGCAAGGCCAAAAGCAAGAAGAAGUGCUCCGUCAAGAAGAAAGGGGCCGCAAAAACAGCUACCGCUUCGUCUCCUGCCGAUACAAGCCUCGGUGGUGCGGACGAGGUGCCCGCGACGCCUGUUUCAGAAGCCGCAUCGCUCGCACCAGCUGACAGCGCGACAAAAGGUAAGAAAAAGUCAGCCGUCAAGAAGGUGCCUGCAAAAGGUUCAGCGGGGAGGAACAAUGCGCAGCAUAUGCUGGCCGAAUCACCAUCACAGAUAAAGGCUCAAGUUCAGGGGAAGCAGCAAUGCAAAUGCAGCCGCAUCAACUGCAGAUGCAGCUACAACAGGCAGCACAGGCGCAAGCGCAGGCGGCUCAAAUGCAAGCUGCCGCACCGGACAUGAGUGCGCUAGGUAUGAAUAUGCUUGGCAUCAUGCCUGGCAUGGGAGCCAGGAUGAACAACGUCCCUGUUGGGGCUGCCGGACCUGCACCUAUGGGCAGUAUGCCGAUGCAACAGCAGUUGCCAUUCCUGGCCGCACAACAGCAAAUGCAGGCGCAACAAGCUGUGGGCAUGAAGCCUCCGCUGGGCCAAGGCGGACUGCAGCAGUUGAAUGCACAGCACGCCGGUAUGCCGCAGGGGCUAGUGCCCAUUGGCAUGGGUUCGACGAAUGGAAUAACGGC